AUGCCGGUUCCCGAUCGCGGACCACCCGUCAAGUUCGACCAUAUUGGUGAGCUGAGCGGGUUUGUGAAUCACUCGCCACACCGAGUGUUAUAUAGAAAUAAGAUGUAUCCGACUGCGAUGCACCUCCUUGAGGCGAUGAAGUUUACGGAACACCCCGAGCUCCAGGAGCGUAUACGAACGUGCACCGAUGUCGGUGACAUGUACCCGUUGUCAGCCAGUUUCCAGGAUCGCGUGCGACCAGAUUGGGGCCUGGUAUUCUUGAAGAUUAUGGAAGAUGUGCUAUAUCUCAAAUUCAAGCAACAUCCGCAUCUUCGAAGUUUGCUGUUGCGCACACAUCUUGCUGAUAUUGUGUAUGCCGAUCCUAAUUUGUACUGGGGGCAAGGUCCUUCAGGCGAAGGUUCCAACGAACUUGGAAGGGCCUUAAUGCGCAUCAGGGAUAGACUUCAUGCGGACGGGGAAACAUAG